GGGUAACCAAGUUGUUACCCAGGCAACUGAGAGACGCAGAGCUCUCCGCUAUUUUCGGAGCCUAGCCAGCGACCCGAAAACUGACCCAGAAUAUGGAAUCUGAAAAUACAGAAACUGAAAAUAUGGAAACAGAAAAUAUUGAAUCUGAAAAUAUGGAAACUGAGACUAUUUCUUCAAUUUCUACUCUGGAAGCCCUCUCCAAUCUACUUUAUCCCGAAGAAGAGGAUGAUUUCGACUUUGGACAGUCAAACUGUUCAUCUACUAUUGGAGCCAUGGGUCCUGGAAAUAUUGGACCACCAAAAUCAGAAGAGCUCAAUGCCAUCCCUCAAACCAGUGAUGAAAAUAGUGAGGACAUCUGGAAUCCAGAAGAAGUUCCAGAAGGAGCAGAGCAUGAUGACAUGUGGGAUGUUCGAGAAAUCCCAGAGUAUGAGAUUAUAUUCAAACAGCAGGUGGGAACUGAGGAUAUAUACCUAGGAUUGACAAGAAAGGAUUCUUCAACAGCAUGUUGUCAGGAGCUCGUGGUUAAAAUUAAACUGCCCAAUACAAACCCUUCUGAAAUUAAAAUUGAUAUCCAGGAAAUGAUCAUUGAUCUUCGGACUUCUAAUAAGAAGCUGUUGGUGACUCUUCCUCUGCCUGUGGAAUGCAGUAGUGCUAAAGCAUUCUAUAUUUUGGAGACUGAGACACUUGAAGUCACCAUGACUGUGCAAAGAGAGUUGGAUUUUGUUAAUUUCUUUUGAAACUGCAUGAAUAGAAGAAAAAGUGCUAAUAUGUCAUUGAUAAAAAUUAAAAGACUGAAAAUUUUGGUUAAUGUUUUCUAUAUUGUCCCAUUAUUCUGACAUGUUUUAAAUGGCUGAUAUAGAAUUCUAGUGAUAUUCUGAUCAUUACCAGUCAUUUCUCUUACUCUGUUAGGAAACGUUGUUUUCUCAUACUAAUGAGCUAUUCUAUAUUCUAUAUUACUGAAUUGAAUAAUUACAGUUUAACCAAUUAGAUUACUAUUAGUUUAGAUUACUACAUGAUCAAUUACAUAACAAAUAUGAUGGCAAAAUAGUUUCCACUUAGUUCAGGAAUCUGAAGAACUUAAGCCAAUUAAUUAGGCCACUAUUAUCAUCAGACAAAUUCAUUUGGUUGCCUUUUCAUUGAUUUGAUCAAAUGAUUUACAGUGUUCUGUCUAGGCUCUCAAUAUUAUUCUGUAAUAUACAGAUGACAGGGAUAUUGGCCAAAUUAUAUUGUUAUACUGUGUGCAUGUACAAGUAUAUAACAACAAUUCCCACCAUUAUGUACAAGUAUAAUGCACCAAUAAAAAUGUGGAAAAAUACAGGUAACAAAGGAUUAUAAAUAAUUUGAAGCAUCAUACCAGACAUAUAUUUACUUGAAUAAGUAACACUCUUGAGCCUACAGUAUUGUUUGACUUCCCUAGUAAUGCUUUCAAUGCUUGGAUACUUAAGUCAAAAAAAUUCUUAAGGGUGUAGCUUAGUGGUAAGCAUGGUCUUAGCAUAUGCUAGGCCUGGGAUUCAGUCCCUAUCACCAAAAAAUUACAUACUUGGUCUGCAAUAAUAAUUGACAGCCAUGCCUAAAAUUACAUACUUGGUCUGCAAUAAUAAUUGACAGCCAUGCCUUUUGGCAUACUAUGUUUCUGUUUAGUCAACCGAAAUCCUUGACAUUUAAACAGAAUAUUGUAAAAAAAAUGCACAUUUACAGAUCCUGUUCUCUCAUUUCCUAUCUUUCUUCUUAAUUGGACAUGCCUAUUUUUAUGAACUGUCUAUUCUGUAUUAUUGCAUGAAUUUGUUUCAUAAUUGUUUUUAAAUAAAUUAUAUUUUUACACUGGUAUUACUAGACCUUACACAUCAUUAUAGAACUAUGGAAUUAGUGCUGGGGUUGUGGCUCAGUGGUAGAGCGCCCGCCUAGCAUGUGCAAAGUGCUGGGUUCUAUCCUUAGCACCACAUAAAAAUAAAUGAAAAAUAAAGUGUUGUGUCCAACUACAACUAAAAAAAAUAUUUUUUAAAACAAAAAGAACUGUAGAAUUAGCUGGGGGUAACUUUUGAAAGAAAUGAACAACUAAAUAUCGCUUCCAUGUGAACUAUUAAGGGAUAAAUACUCAAAAAGAUUUUCUAGAGUUAAUUAUGUGUAUAACUACCAAACAUCUAGUUUGUGACUUGAUUAAAUAGAAGGAUCAGACUGAGAUUUUAGAAAAAGUGAUUAGAUUAAAAACUAAACUAAGAGAAUUUGACAUGUAAACUACCACCAUGACUUUUUUUUCUGUGGGGGAAAGAGUUGAAGAUGGAAACUAAUGUUUGUGAAUGUGAAUGUCCAUGAUGUAACAGAACCAAAAUAAUGUUACAAAACCUAAAGUGAAGACUACUUUGGUUUCCUUAGCCUCUUUUUUAAAAGGGUGUAUUUUAAGAAUUUUAGAUUAUAACCUAAAUUGUAUACUCUGGGGCAAGUCUAACCAAUAUUUUUCUUUUCUAGGAAAAAAAAAAGUCAAGUCAGUUGAAAAUGUAUCUCUUUUUCCUAUGUAGUUGCCCUAAUUACAAAGACCACUAUUACCCAAGCCUACUGAAUGUGUACAAGUUGUUUCUGGAAAAUAAGAUAGAGUAUAUUCAGGCCAACUUGAAUUGGGUUCUUGGUUAUGUCAUGCUGUAUCAAUUAUUUAAUGAAAUAGAACUUCAAGAAAAAUGCAAUGUGAUUCAGUAAUUUACACUCCUCUAGAAAUCAUCCUAUUUCACUGUCCUUGGCCUUAGGAAGAAAAACUACAGUAGUUAUAUUGUGAUUUCAUUUUUAAGCUAAUUCACAGCACUUUUCUCGUUUGAAAAGGAAUAGUCCACUAAAUCAAAUGCAGAAAAGACAGUACAAGAGGAACUUUACCUUGUCAGCAUUUUUCAGUAAAUCUGAGCCAUUACCAGAACUGUUAAUUAAAACCACAGUUGUGGCAUAGCAUAGCCUAUAUAUGCUUCUCCUUCAUGAACUUUCUCACCUUACUUUUUGGUUCCAGAAUCUCCAGUAGCUGUUAUGGGGAUUUAUCUUUAUUCACUCAUUCAUUCAUUUAUACAUUCUUUCAAGAAAUAUCCACUGAGUACUUAGCACAUGCUUGACAAAGUAAUAGGUGCUGAGGCUGUAGAAAUGAGCAAACCAGAUGUGGUCUCUGCCCUCAUGAGAAGAUAGUUUUAGCAAGGAAGACAAGUAAUAACCAAAUAAAAACAUAAACAAAUAUUUCCAAGUUAUUAUUACUGCUAUGAAGACAAAGAAUGGGUACUUUGAGACUAUCUAGUACCCAAACCUAGUCUGAGAAAGGGAAGUAGAAAAGGCUUCUUUAAGAAUUUAACAUUUCAGCUAAUAAAUGAAGAAUACCUAGGUAAAGAAGGCAUUUCAGGAAGGAAAGCAAUAAGGCUUCUAGUAGGUUCAAAGGAUAGCAAAUGUGAAGACCCAGGGUGGAAAGAACAUGAAGAACUCUAGGCUAGAGUAGAGUGAACCUGGGGGAAUGUGAAUGGAGGUAAGUAAGGUUAGAAAAUUAGGCUGUAACAGUAUCUUAUAGAAUCUUUUAGGCUAAGGCUAGUAAUUGAACUUUAUUCUCAGUGCUUGGGGGAAGAGAAUAUAUUAGGAAGCAAUAAUUGUAAAAAAAAGCAAUAGCUCAGGCAAUUUAUUAUUCCAUGUGUUAUUCUAAAUAAAAUUUAUUCCUGAUUUUUCUAGUUAGAAAAAAAAUACACGAUGAUAACACCGAAGCAGGAAACUUUAACAAUAUAGAAAAACCCUUAAAAUAAAACAAAACUAGAAAAUACCUAUAAGCUAGUGCCUGUUUCCAGUUUGUUUUUCCCAAUGCAUACCAUAGAUACUUUUUCUUAAAUGGGAUGAUAUUUAGCACAAACUGGUUAUAUAACUUACUUUUUAAAAUUUCCAAGUGCAUUCAUUUGCAAUUAUCAUUUGUUCCUGAAUUCUAAUUUUAUUGCAUUGUAGUAAAACAGUGUGGUAAAUGAUCUAUGAGUAUUUUUAA